GCCAAAGCAAAGACCUAAGGACGACCUUUGAACAAUACAAAGGAUGGGUUUCAAUGUAAUUAGGCUACUGAGCGGAUCAGCUGUAGCACUGGUUAUAGCCCCCACUGUCUUACUGACAAUGCUUUCUUCUGCCGAACGAGGAUGCCCAAAGGGCUGUAGGUGUGAAGGCAAAAUGGUAUAUUGUGAAUCUCAGAAAUUACAGGAGAUACCCUCAAGUAUAUCUGCUGGUUGCUUAGGUUUGUCCCUUCGCUAUAACAGCCUUCAAAAACUUAAGUAUAAUCAAUUUAAAGGGCUCAACCAGCUCACCUGGCUGUACCUUGACCAUAACCAUAUCAGCAAUAUUGAUGAGAAUGCUUUUAAUGGAAUACGCAGACUCAAAGAGCUGAUUCUGAGUUCCAACAGAAUCUCCUAUUUUCUCAACAAUACCUUCAGACCUGUGACAAAUUUACGGAACUUGGAUCUGUCCUAUAAUCAGCUGCAUUCUCUGGGAUCGGAACAGUUUCGGGGUUUGCGAAAGCUGCUGAGUCUACAUUUACGAUCUAAUUCCCUGAGAACCAUCCCAGUGCGAAUAUUCCAAGACUGCCGCAACCUGGAACUUUUGGACCUGGGAUAUAACCGGAUCCGAAGUUUAGCCAGGAAUGUCUUUGCAGGCAUGAUCAGACUCAAAGAACUUCACCUGGAGCACAAUCAAUUUUCUAAGCUCAAUCUGGCCCUUUUUCCAAGGUUGGUGAGCCUUCAGAACCUUUACUUGCAGUGGAAUAAAAUCAGUGUCAUAGGACAGACCAUGUCCUGGACCUGGAGCUCAUUACAAAGGCUUGAUUUAUCAGGCAAUGAGAUCGAAGCUUUUAGUGGACCUAGUGUUUUCCAGUGUGUCCCAAAUCUGCAGCGCCUCAACCUGGAUUCCAACAAGCUCACAUUUAUUGGUCAAGAGAUUUUGGAUUCUUGGAUAUCCCUCAAUGACAUCAGUCUUGCCGGGAAUAUAUGGGAAUGCAGCAGAAAUAUUUGUUCCCUGGUAAACUGGCUGAAAAGUUUUAAAGGACUGAGGGAGAAUACAAUUAUCUGCGCCAGUCCCAAAGAGCUGCAAGGAGUAAAUGUUAUCGACGCAGUGAAGAACUACAGCAUCUGUGGCAAAAGUACCACGGAGAGGUUUGAUCUGGCCAGGGCUCUCCCAAAGCCGACAUUUAAGCCCAAGCUCCCCAGGCCGAAGCAUGAGAGCAAACCCCCUUUGCCCCCCACCGUGGGAGCCACGGAGCCUGGCCCAGAGACCGAGGCUGACGCUGAGCACAUCUCUUUCCAUAAAAUCAUCGCAGGGAGCGUGGCCCUUUUCCUGUCUGUGCUCGUCAUCCUUCUCGUUAUCUACGUGUCGUGGAAGCGGUACCCUGCCAGCAUGAAGCAGCUGCAGCAGCGCUCCCUCAUGCGAAGGCACAGGAAAAAGAAAAGACAGUCCCUAAAGCAAAUGACUCCCAGCACCCAGGAGUUUUAUGUAGAUUAUAAACCCACCAACACGGAGACCAGCGAGAUGCUGCUGAAUGGGACGGGACCCUGCACCUAUAACAAAUCGGGCUCCAGGGAGUGUGAGAUACCUUUAUCAAUGAAUGUGUCAACUUUUCUGGCAUACGACCAGCCCACAAUAAGUUACUGUGGGGUGCAUCAUGAACUUCUCUCUCAUAAAUCCUUUGAAACGAAUGCACAGGAAGAUACGAUGGAAACACACCUAGAGACUGAACUGGACCUGAGCACAAUCACAACAGCUGGCCGAAUCAGUGACCAUAAACAGCAGCUGGCUUAA